UGGCUAAAAUCUUGGUCUCGUGGCGAUGUCCAUGUUUUGGCAGGCUGCAACGGAUUUCACCCGUGCUCUACUACAGUCAGACUUCGCGAUGAGACUGGAGGACAGUGGAAAGUGUCUCAAGAGACCUACAGGUCAAGAGAGAGAAACAGAGAGGAAGAAGACAAAGGAAUCACAUUUAAAUGGAACCACUGAAGUAACUGGAGGAUCUAACGGCAUGGAAUCAUUUUCUAGCCAGAUGCUUCAAUUAUCACAGAUAUCUAGAAAUAAAGAUGAUGUCAGGAAGAAAAAUAAAAACAAAGACAUGAAGUCAGAGAAGGAGCUGAAAAGUGAGAAAGAUGGAUCCUACAAGAAAAUCAAAGAUGCAUCUGUUAAAAACAGUAGGCCUACUGAGGAACGGGCUAAUGAUUCAAGUGGUGCUGUGGCGAAUAUUCCCAUAAAAAAAGAGAAUGAGAUUGGGAACAAGGUAUCAGACAAGAAACAACCCAAAGAUCACAAACGUGAGUCAGAAAAGGACAGAAAAGACAAGAAAAAAGGGAAACCAGUCAAUGGUGCGCUGCAAGAAAAAACCGAAGCUCGUAACAAGAAAAGGAAGCAUUGUGAGGCUGAUGAUGAGGAACCAAAAAACAAAAGGAUGAGCAAAGGAGAGGAAAAUAAGGGAGGAAAGGGGGAAAAUAAAAAGCAAAUGAAAAAUGAUGAGGAGAAAAGCAAGUGGAAAUGGUGGGAAGAGAGCAAGAACUCAAACGAUGGUCAGAAGUGGAAAACCCUUGAACACAGAGGACCUUUAUUUCCACCAGAAUAUGAGCCAUUGCCCAAUAAUGUGCCCUUCUAUUAUGGCGGAGAACCACUCAAGCUUAGUUUGGGUACAGAGGAGGUUGCUACUUUCUAUGCCAAAAUGCUGGAACAUGAGUAUACCACAAAGGAAGCCUUUCAGAAGAACUUCUUCACUGACUGGAAAGAGGUGAUGACGAAAGAUGAGAAGCAGACGAUAAAGAAGCUAUCCAAAUGUGAUUUCAGUGAAAUCCACAAAUACUUUGUCAGCAAAUCAGAGGAGAAAAAGAAUAUGACCAAGGAGGGAAAAAAAGCCCUUAAGGAAGAAGCUAGCAAACUAACCGAAGAAUACGGGUACUGUCUCUUGGAUGGCCACCGCGAAAAAAUCGGUAACUUUCGCGUGGAGCCACCUGGGUUGUUUCGUGGCCGUGGGGAACAUCCCAAAAUGGGCAGGCUGAAGAAGAGGGUCCAGCCUGAAGACGUUAUCAUCAAUUGCAGCAAGGACUCCAAGAUCCCCGUCCCUCCCCCAGGGCACAAGUGGAGGAGAGUGCAGCAUGACAACACCGUCACCUGGCUGGCGUCCUGGGUGGAGAAUGUCCAGAACCACAUUAAGUACGUCAUGCUGAACCCCAGCUCCAAGCUCAAGGGAGAGAAGGACUGGCAGAAGUACGAGGUGGCGCGCAGCCUGAAGCUGAAAGUGGACUCCAUCCGGCGCCAGUACCAGCAGGACUGGAGCGCUCGGGAGAUGAAGACGCGCCAGAGGGGCGUAGCGCUCUACUUCAUAGACAAGUUGGCCCUGCGAGCUGGGAAUGAGAAGGAUGACGACACUGCGGACACGGUGGGCUGCUGCUCCCUGCGUGUGGAGCACAUCUCCCUCCACGAGAGCCUCGACGGCCAGGAGUGGGUGGUGGAGUUCGACUUCCUGGGCAAGGACUCCAUCCGCUACUACAACAAAGUGCCGGUGGAGAAGAAAGUUUUCAAAAGCUUGAAGAUAUUUAUGGAAAACAAGGACCCUGAGGAUGACCUCUUUGACAGAAUCACUACGGCUUACCUCAACAAGAAGCUGAACGAGUGUAUGGCGGGAUUGACGGCCAAAGUCUUCCGAACUUUCAAUGCCUCCACUACCCUACAGGACCAACUCAGCAUGCUGACCAAAGAGGACAUGACGGUGGAGGAGAAAAUCCUGUCCUACAACCGGGCGAACCGGGCUGUAGCUAUACUGUGCAACCACCAGAGGGCAGCACCCAAGACAUUUGAGAAGUCCAUGCAGCUCCUGCAGGAGAAGAUUCAGAAGAAGAAGGCGCAGAUAGAGGAAGCCAAGAAGGAGCUGAAGAAAGCCAAGAAGGCUCACAAAGAGCACCCAUCUGACAGAUCCAAAAAACUGAUAGAACUGAAGGAGAAGGCACUGCGGAGGCUGGAGGAGCAGUUGAAGAAGCUGGAGCUUCAGGAGACGGACCGCGAGGAGAACAAGGUCAUUGCCUUGGGCACGUCCAAGCUCAACUACCUUGACCCCAGGAUCUCCGUCGCCUGGUGUAAAAAAUACAAUGUCCCCAUUGAGAAGAUCUAUAACAAAACCCAGAGGGAGAAGUUUGCCUGGGCCAUUGACAUGACGGAUGAGGACUUCCAGUUCUAGACAGCGUUGCAAAAGUUAUUUUCUGUGUCUGGCACUGCCGUUUUUUCUGUUGUACAUCAGUGUAGUAUUGUGGUAUAUUGUUUUCUUUAUGGAUAUAUUUGUGGAAUAAGUCAAAAACCUUAAUUUAUCCUAAUACCUAUUUCUCUAUUGCUAUACUUUUCAUUUUUAUGUAAAAAUAUUGUCUUGUUUUUUUUCCCUUCCCCCCUUCUGUAUGGAAAUGAAGUCUGUGAAAUGAAACCA